ACCUGAACUACUCUGUGCCUACAAAACCCAAAUCCAAAGACCUAAAAAGAGGCAAAAUUGGUCAACACUUGAAGACACAUACAAAUUAGUCCUCAGCUUCAAGACUAAAGUACACAUAAAAGUAUUUGAUUCUUUCUUUUUUGGAUCUUCCAAUAUUAGGUCUUGAUAACCUUAAGUUUCUGUUUCCCUGUUCUCUUUUAAGUAAAAAUCAAAUCUUUCUCACUUGGGUGUUGUUAGUUUUAUGAAACAAAGGCUGUAUCCUCCUUUUUGUUACUGUUUUUUUAGAUGUUGGUUUUCUUGAAUCUUGGGUAUGUAAAAAAGCUGCUUAAUUUAGUUGAUUUAAGCAUUUUUUGUGCUUAACUUGGUUUUUGCAAGCAUUCUUGAUUUGCUUGAAAUUUGUCAUUAAUGUGGAUUGCUUAAAAUGUUUUCCUAUGUGAGCUUAAGUAUCUGCUCUUUUUAAAAAUCAAAUCUUUAUCAUUUGGGUGGUGUUAGUUUAUGAAACAAAAGGUCUUAUCUUCCUUUUUGUUACUCUUUUUUAGAUGUUGAAAAGCUGCUUUAUUUGGUUGAUUUAAGCAUUUUUAUCCUUAUUUUGGUUGAUGCAAGCAUUUUUGUGCUUAAUUUGGUUGAUAUAAGCAUUUUUAUGCUUAAUUUUGGUUGAUGCAAGCAUUUUUAAGCUUAAUUUGGUUGAUAUAAUCAUUUUUUUAAUGCUUAAUUUGGUUGAUUUAAGCAUUUUUUUUUAUCUGUUUGAAUCCUUAAUGUGAUUUGCUUAAAAUGUUUUCCUAUGUAAGCUAAAUAGAAGAAAAUAAGUUUGUUUAGGGUUUAAGUUGUUUUCUCAUUCAAACUAUUUGCUACUUGUCUGAGCUGUUGAAAGAGUCGGCCUUGAAAGCCGAAGUAUUUGUGGAAAUACUGGGGAUUCGAAUCCCUUUCCAUCCACGAGGUCUAAGUUGCCUCUUGCGUUAUCUAUAGAUAAGAACGAAUUGGAGCGACUCGACUGAUAUGAUAAGAUGGAAUGAAAGUUUGUGUUAUAUUUAGUUAGGACCUUGCCUCCCUUUUGUUAACUUCCGCUCUCCUUGUAUAUGUUUCCCAUAGAGAAGACCGUAAUAGGGUUAUACGCAUUCUCAUUACGAGGAAGGGUCAUUGCUGUUGUUCAUGCUAUAAGAUAUGGUUUUAGUUCUUACAAAUUUUGUGGGACAUGUGAUUUGUGUGUGUCCGCUUAUAUGGGGUGGGGUGAGUGGGUUAUAGUUGUGUGAGUAAAAAUAGGGCGGAUGCAGAGUAAUAUUACCAGGUUCAUCUGAACCCAGUGCGUUCGAGGAGGCACAUAUAUUUAUAUGAAAAAGUCCACAAAAAUUGCAACAAAUAGUAGUAGAUAUGAACCCAUAAUUUCAAAAAUCCAAUGGGUUCAACACUAAAAACCUUAAAUAUAGAACCCUAUAAGUUUAAAUCCUGUAUCUGAUCUGUCACUCUGUGUAAGUUUUUUGUAGGAAAAGUCUCUUUUGUCAGAGGAAGCUAGAUCUACAAUUGGAGUUGUACCAUCAGUUAGAGCAGUGUUAUCAAAAGCGAAAAGCGCAAAAAGCUCUAACGUUAGCUGGGGCUUUAAGCGCAAAGUGCAAAUAAAGCGUGAUCUUUAGUGAAACAAAGCGCAAUGGUGCAUUAGAAAUAUAAGUAUGUUUAGUCCAAGACUUAUAAUAGUAAGCAUGAAUAACAAAUAUAUGGACAAAGAAAUUGUAAAACCAUCACGAUAAAGUGAAAUAUCAAUCAUAUAGUGUCACCUCUUCAAGAGAGGCUCAAUGGCAAGGAAAAGUAUGUCUUGGAGCCUUGAUGACGACACUGAAGCGCACAUAAAGCGAGGCGAAACGCUCAACAUGUUUUGAGCGUUGCUUCAGGGCUUAACCGCGCCUUUGACAACACUGAGUUAGAGUGUUAGUAUAUAAAAUCAAGUUAGUGAGUAUAAGGAUCAUAGAAGUAUCCGCCCUCCAACUUAUAAAAAUCAUGUUUAGAUGAACAUACAUAUUGAUGUAAGGUGUGAUAGGAUUUGCAUAUGUAAGGUGUAAAAUGUAAUAAAGCUACUAAGCUUAAGUAGGCUAUUCAAAUUAUAGUUGUAAAAAUUACUAGCUUGAUGUCAAAACUAGCCAAAACUGUGAAACUACUAAGCUGAUUUUAUGAGUGAUUACCAAAUAUUUGAUAAUGAUUUGUCCCUCAUCUGUAACUGUAGAUGUCAGUUGAUGAAGCUUAUUAGCAGUAAAACAUCAUGUCAUUCGUUCUUUCCUUUUUCUUUUGAUUUUCCGUUUUGAAUAAUGAAUCUUAAUAAUUACUACAUUCAUGAAGUAUAGAUGAAAGGGGUUCUUGCUGUAGAUUCAAGGAUGUUAUUAGGACUAAGAUGAGUUGUUUCAGUUAGAAUGCAGCCAUUCUUUUUAUCUUAUUGUUAUAGCGUGUUGACUAAUAUUGCGGAUAACUGCUAUGUGAUCCCUGUUACUCUGUGCAGAUAGUUUUGCCAUUUGUUACCUUUGUAUUAUUGUGUAUUUCAUGCAGGUUCUUACAGGCUAUUAUUGUUAUAUCAUGCCUCCAAAGGGCAAGAAGCGUAGUUCUCGAACUGUACCUCCCGAUAUACUUAGCAAUCUUCCUGAUAAUAUAAUAGAUGCCAUUAUGAUGCAUUUGCCUUUACGUGAUGCCGUGAGGACAAGCAUCUUAUCGACGAAGUGGAGGUAUAACUGGUGCAGACUUCCAGAGUUGACGCUUGAUCAAGCACUUUGGGAAAUGACAGAUAACGGAAUAUCACCUACGAUUAGAUUUACAAACAUAAUCUUCCACCUUUUGACCCUCCAUGUCGGACCAAUUUCUAAGUUUGCACUCUCCAUUGCUACUCUGGGAAACUGUCCGAAAAUUGACAACUUGAUAUGCUUCCUCUCUAGGAAUGGCAUUCAAAACCUGGUUCUUCAAUUUCCGAAGGAUAAUCUAUACAAGUUGCCUUCUUCAUUUUUCAUGUGUUCGCAAAUGAGACAUUUGAGUCUCAAUAAUUGUAUAUUAAAUCCUCCACCUGCUUUCAAAGGAUUUGAUCAGUUAGUUAGCCUGGAACUUUGUGAAGUCACAAUUUCUUCCAAAUAUUUUAGAACUCUAAUCUCUUGUUGCCCGUUGCUCGAGCAGUUGGUGCUGCACUCAAGUAUCACAAACCACAUUCAAAUUACAUCUCCCAAGUUGAUAUCCUUUGACUUCAGAGGCCGUAUAAACUUUAUUUCUUUAAAAGAUGUCCCUCUUCUCGCAAAACUUUCACUUGUAGAUACCGGAUAUUAUGAGAAGGCAGGAAAAUGUGGUAUUGCCAAGUUUCUUGAGUCUUUUCCUGUUCUCGAGCAUCUCCACUUGGAUUAUUAUAGUGUCCGGUUCUUUGCAGGCGAAGUACCAGGGCAGCUCCCCUCUGCUCUUAACUGUCUUAAACGUCUUUGCCUAUCCGAUAUUUCUCUAGAUGAACUAGAUGUGGCUUCAUGUACUCUUUACUUGAUAAAAAGCUCCCCUUAUUUACAACAAAUCGAAAUUAAGGUGUAUGAUGAAGAUGAAUGGGUUGAGCGAACGGUGGAUGAUGUUAUCGAUGCUAUUCUAGAGCAAGUUGAAGGCUUAUCAGAUGUGACAUUGAAUCACCUCAGAGCUGUUAAGCUUACCGGUAUAUCAGGCACAGAACCCGAAAUGGAACUUAUCAAGUUUCUCUUAGCCAAGUCUCCGAUUCUCAGUAGAAUGCUAAUCAAGCCCGGGCUUGGAGAUGGAUCUCCUGAAACAAGACUCGAGGUACUCGCAGAGAUAACACAAUUUCGGCGGGCAUCACCUAAGGCAGAAGUUGAUUAUAAACUUACAUAGAUUACUAUCGAGAAUAUCACAAUCCUGUUUAACUCUACUUGUCUUUUUGCAAGACCAUGUUCUAUUGAAUAUUCCUGUUUAAUUUCUUCUUUAUUCACUAUUGAAGAAUCUUUUUAAAAGGCAAUCAACUGCAUUUCAAUUCUAUGACUA